CAACUGAACUGGUGUUUCCACCAUAUGCUCGAUCAAAAGAUACCGUUAAUUAAUUUUUAUACGCAUACAAUACCUACACUUUUGUGGAAUUAGUUAAUAUGUUUACUUAGUUAAUAUUAAUCGAUAUAUGUUUAUCUUAUCUUUAAAAAUGUAUAAAUAACUGGUAGGUCUACACAAGAAUAUAAUAAUAUAUUGAUAAAAUCAAAAUCGCACCUGCCGGAAACAUGAAAACCGCUUACAGUAUCCAAACUAUAUUCCAAGAUUUGUUAAAAACAAUUCAACAAAACAACGAAGUAGACAACAUCUCGAAAAUAUUCUCCAAAAUAACUACGAACCAUGAAAGGGUCGACUUCGUUAUUGAACUGUUAAAAAAAUAUCAAAUAUCGUGCGAGUUUGUGAAAGAUAAAAAAUGUGAUAAAGUGUCCGUAAACUUGAGGGAACAAGGAAAUCAGAAGUUUAAGGGAAAGCUAUUACAAGAAGCGCUCGAAUUAUAUACGCAAAGUUUAGCAAAUGCUGAAGAAAACUCGGAAAAUUUUUCAAAAGCGUUGGCUAAUAGGUCUGCUGUAUUAUUUGAAUUGGAACUUUAUGAAGAGUGUUUGAAGGACAUAGAAAAAUCCCUUGAGAAUAACUACCCCAAAGAUCUACAACCAAAAUUAAUAAAACGAAAAACCAACGCCUUAUCUCAAGUACAAUCGGAGAAAGACAGAAAACCGUACUUUAAACCAGCUCCAGACCUACCAAUAGCCUCAAAGUUAUCAUCGAUAGAAUGUUCAACAAAUUUACUAGAAAUCCAAAGUACACCAACACAAGGAAGACAUGUCGUAGCCAAAGAAAACAUCGAAAUAGGUGAUAUUUUAGCAGUAGAAAAACCAUUCUGUCACAUUUUAGCAUCGGAGUUUUACAGCCAUUGCCACGAAUGCCUAAAACUCAGCUACAAUUUAGUACCAUGUCCGAAUUGUACGCAAGUCUUAUAUUGCAGCUCUGAGUGUCAAAAAGAUGCCCAAAAAUAUCACAAAUACGAAUGCAAUAUUCUUAAGACAUUACGAAGCUUGAAGCUGGAUAAAAUGAAGCUACUGCCUCUUAAAUUAGCUAUGUUGGCGAGGGAUUGCUAUAGUGAAAUAGCAAGGUAUAACGAAUUGGAGAGUGUUGACAAAAAUUACCCAUAUAGAUCUGACAGGUACAAAGAAAUCCAUAAUUUAGUAGCGAACACUCAGUCUAGAUCAGUAGCUGAUUUGUUUGAACGAUCAACCACAGCAGCUAUUAUUUAUAACUUAGUGAAAACCCACACGCAGUUUUUUUGUGACGACACGAAGGAAGAAAUGUUCAAAGAGAUUUUGUUGUUGCAUUUUCAAACUGCACCUUGUAAUUUCCACGAGAUAUCAGAGCUGAGCAGAACCAAAGAAGGGUAUUUCGAGACUCAGGAAAUAGGUGCAGGCGCUUUCGCGUUUUUAAGUUUAUUUAAUCAUUGUUGCAACCCUAAUGUCGUGAGACAUUGUCAUGGAAAUGUUGUCGUUUUGAGGGCUAUUAGGAGUAUAGCUAAAGGGGAGCAAUGCUACGACAAUUAUGGAUACCAUUAUGCCCUAAUGCCAAAAUUAGACCGUCAACAGAAUCUAAAAAAACAAUAUUUCUUCGAAUGUAACUGUGAAGUGUGCAUAAAGGAUUGGCCAACACUCCAAUUCUUAUCUACGCCUAACUUUAAGACGGGAGUAACAGAUAUCGAUAUAAUGAAUCUAAGAAAAGGAAACGAAGCAUGUAUCGAUCAAAUUUGUCAAAAAUUGUUACCAAAGAUGAAAGAACUAGAAGAAACUCAGCCGAGUAGGAUGUUUGCAGAAAUGCAGGAAGUGUUGAAACAGUGUUACGCUUUACUUGGAAAUGUCAGAAGAACUUAAACCAUGAUGAUGCGGAAAUUCAUAAAAACUAUUUUAUUUCUUGUAACAUCUAACUGUUAUCAAAUAAACACUAGAAAAACAUUACAAAAAA